CUUCACAGUGCAUCAGUGUGCAAUGCUUUGUGGUAGGGUUUAGUCGUAAGUGUUGCUGCUUAGUGCAGUGGCUGAUCGGAUGCCAGUCCGUUUUACCGGGCUUUCAGCACAUUUCGUUUCAAAUCAUGGAUGACGAAGACGAUUUUCGAUUCAGUGUCGUAGACGUCUACGAUAUUGCAGCUGACAUAGGCAAAGAAUUUGAAAAAAUAAUCGAAGUGUAUGGAUCGGACGCUCUGACCAGCCUUAUGCCAAGAGUUAUAACGGCCCUGGAACAGCUGGAAAGGUUGGCAGAGAGGCAAGAAACAUCAGGAGCUGUUAUAGAUGAGCUUAGAAAUGCCAUAGCAUCCUUAGAGCACCAAAAAUUGGGGCUUGCUGAGCACCGGCAGAAAUUCGCUCGGGAUCUGGAGGACAUCGAGCGCGACAUGCGCGAGGAGAAGCAAGAGCUCAGCGCCAAAGUGUCGCAGCUUCUCGACGAGAACAGGAAGCUCUCGACGAGCCUGGCGCGCUCGACCGACACCACACCGUGCAUCACGGAUGACGAGAGCUCGCUGGAGCCAGAAGUGAGCCGCAACAUGGUGACUCGACUGCAGGAUGCCUUGGAAUCUCAGCGGGAUCAGCUGCACCAGCUUCAGCAGCAAUACCAGCUUCAGAUGGCUGAGAACGAUCAGCUGAGCGGACAAGUGGAGCGCCUGACGCAGUCUGGUAAGGACCUGCGACGACGCGCUCGCCAGAGCACACAGCAGAUACGGCAGCUGGUGGAGGAGCGCGCCGAGCUGCACGUGACGCUACAGGAGCAGCAGCGCACGCUCGACCAGCUCCAGCAGCGGCUCGGACUCGCCGCUAAAGAGAACUACGAUCUCGCUACAGCCUCUAUCGACACGAGCGACAUGUCUGGCAAGCUCGUGUAUGACCGCAAUGACCCGAACAGACCUCGGUUUACACUCACUGAACUAAAGGACAUCUUGUACCAGCGCAACGAACUCAAAGCUCGGCUGUCAGAUCUCGAGGACGAGCUCAACAUGUACCGACCAUCGAACGCGUCUGCUGCUGCUACCAAGCAACAGGGAGGAAGCCACAUAAUCUGCCCUCCGGACGAAGCUCAGGGACCGCCCCUGGUGGACCUCGACAAGCUCUUCCUGCAAGAGCAGCUCGCCGGCACCAGCAGGCAGAACGAGGAGCCGCCCCCUGUCUCUGACGACCUCGAGGACCCCCCCGUGCAGGGCCCCAUGCCCUACGAGCCUGACGACGCUCCUUGGAAGCGCCGCCAGAAAGAGUCCGGCAUCCGGAAAUUCUUCGCCCGCAUGAAGCAGCUCAGCACCGCCGUGAUGCCGACAGACGCCGUCGUCAUGGGCACUUCUCCAGCCCUCCACACUUUCCACCGCUCCUCUCUGCCGCUCCAACACCACUCCACUCCAGCCUCCACUUACUCCUCACCUCAAUCCUCUAUGUCUGGGUGCUCCCCUGCCUCCUUGUGGUCCCUGCCCUCCCAGUUGAGGGAGGCAGAUGGAGUCGCAUUGGCGCAAAAACUCCACCUGGAUGCCAGCGACCCUAAUUCGAAUAUCUCACCGCGCACGGACGACAGCGGUUUUGGUAGUUCACUUGGAUUGCCUUUUAGAAUUGCAUCUAAAAAAUCCUCGAGGAAGCUACCCUCUGCUGGGUCUUCGGCCUUUGAUAAAUUCCGCUCGCGGUUUCUGCUCUCAUCAAAUCCAGACUCUAAUUCGUCCAGGAAUCAUGAUUCAUCGAUUUCUGGACAGCGCGAUUCAUCAUCUUCUGGAGACGUCGUUUCGUCUACCAAGGCGAGGUCGGAUAGUAUCGAAUCAGCAGAAUCAUCUACCAUGAGUCCAUCAGCGUUUGGAAACUUGGUCUUCAAGGACUCGGAGGAUUCGCAUUCCCUCGCUGCAGAGGGAUCCUAUUCUCCGAGGAAGGAGUGUCGCGAGUCGGCAAAAAUCAGAACCUUGGUUGGCUACGACAGGAUCACCGAGGGCGAGGCGGCUGAGACAUAAUUGCCCUGAAAUGAAUUAUUAAGUGGGACAAAUUUUCUAUUUUAGAUCCUAGAACAUUGACAGCUGAAAAUACCUCGAUUUGUAUUGAUUUAUUUCACAGUCGUUGCAUGGUGUACUCGUAAGCGGCUAAUGCAUGUGUCCCGUGAACGUUGAAUAUUCUUUGAGCCUCGUACUCUCCACGAGCUCCUACAACACGCGUAAAGAAGCUAUGGAACUUAAGAUCUUUAUAUUAAUCUAAUAAAAGACUUAUCUUCUAGUUAGUAUUUGUUAGAGUGGUAACCGCUUCGUGAUUUUCUUGAUAAAGUAAGUGACUUGCUAUUUGUUAUCAUGGUUGAGAAAGCGUGUGUAUCUUCACUAAGUAAGCUUAAAAUCAGUACUGACUCUAUAAACCAGCGACUAUAUUGAAUAUAUUUUAUUUGACGGCCAAAAUAAGCGUCAAAUUUCGUGCCAUCGCUCCUGCUUCGCUUUCUUCAUUCUCGAUCACCUUGUAGUUCCGUCUAAAAAAAUACUUCCCUUGCAAACUGUACUUAUUAAUUCAAACGGCAACUUAUAUAGCAAUAGGGAAAUGUAUUUGCUGUAUAUUUGUCCCAUGGAAACGCAUCGGAAAUUGUUGUUAAUACCUUUCGCGUUUUUCCGAUCUCUAUAAUUCUUUUCUCCUAGAAGAUGAAUGCGUUUUCCAUUUAUCUCCAUGGUUUGCAUUAGCUAACAACGUAUCACUAAUGCGAAAAGAAUUUUGCACUUAGAAUCACUUAUUCCAGUUUUCUACCAGUGUAUGAGGAGACAAUAUAUAUGAAUUCCACGCCCGGUCACAGUCAAUACGAGUAGCGCUGUCGACUUAUUAGAAGGAAAUUAUCGUUUGCACUACAUUUUGUGAGCGUUGCUUGAAGACUUGCUUUUGUUAUAGGCUAUAAUACGAUGCCUCUGGCCUGAACUUGCGUGCUUACUUUUACUUAAAUUUUUGACAAAGCAGGCAGUGUAGGUGUUAAAAUUUUUGAUAAUCUAGAUUUUUUUGUAUGUGAACAUUAUUUUACAAUUAUUACAGCGCAGGCAAGUGUAGACUGCGCCCCUGGAUUUAGUUUCGCUUGAGCUAAGAAAUAAUUUUUUUAAUUUACAAAAUUUUUAACUGACAAUUUUAUCCGAAGUAUUGGUGAAUUACCA